AUGGGUGCAUUAAACAAAGAAAGUUAUGUUGUUUUGGGUUGCAUAGGGAUUCGUCUCUUUGUUUCGUUGCUAUUCCCUUCGUUGCAGCAUCAACUGGAUCAAGCCGUGGAGUUCUCCACCCCAAUGACCUCUUUUAAGUCGUUAUACGAGGGUAUCUACCUUCUAAAGAACCAUAUUCAAGUGUACGACGGAGGUGUGGUACAUCACCCUGUGUUAUUGGUAUGGUUCUUCUCACAAAUCCCAUCCGAAUUUCUCAUAGAUUUGCUUUAUGCAUUUAUCGAUGGGAUAAUUGGGUACCAAUUGAUACAAAUAACAAAAUAUCUAAGGAAAUGUACUAUUCCAUGUUGGGUUGUCGGGGCUGUGUAUGCAUUAAACCCUUUGGUUUUGCUAUCAUGUGUGAGUAGAUCUUCUAUAAUAUUCACUAACCUCUUUAUUUCGUCGGCACUUCUGUAUGUGUUACAGGGAAAUAUCUUAAUAACAGCUGCCUGUAUUGCCAUUGCUGGAUACUUAUCCGUGUACCCAACAUUACUAUUGAUUCCAUUAUUAAAUAUGGUUAGGACAACAAACAGAAAGGUGUUGACCCUUGUAAUCAGUCUGUUAACUUGGCAAAUACUAUUAUUAUUGAGUUACAAUGUGAAUGGGCAUGACUGGAAUUUUUUGAGUGCCACAUACGGCGAACUAAUAACUUUUGGGAAAGUAUUCCCCAAUUUAGGCUUAUGGUGGUAUUUUUUCGUUGAAAUGUUUGAUGCUUUCAUCCCAUUUUUCAAAGCAGUCUUUAACCUCUUUUUAUUCAGUUUUAUCAUUCCCCUAACUUUAAGGUUCCACAAACAAUCACUAUAUGCAUUUGUCUUAUGUAUUGGGUGGAUUGUAUUAAUGAAACCAUAUCCAACGUUAGGUGAUAGUGGGUUCUUCUUAUCAUUCAUUCCAUUUUUUAGUCCUGUGUUUGGGUAUUUAAGAUACCCCAUAUUUUCAUCCUUAUUAUUGCUACAUGGUAUAUUAUUGUCCCCAAUUUUUUACCAUUUAUGGAUUGAUCUUGGUUCAGGAAAUAGUAAUUUCUUUUAUGCCAUUUCAUUAGUGUAUGCUCUCGGGCUAGCUUCCAUAUUGGCCGACUUAACUUGGGCAUUAUUAAGAUACGAGUACGAUGAUGGAAAACCAAAUUAUAAGACUAAACUAACUCAAAUAUAG